GACACUUCCGCGCUUUGUUGCGGCGGCGAGGACGGUUGCCAUGGUGCCCAGCAAAUGCAGGCCCGUCGGGGUGGGGAGGCCGGGCCACACCGUCUCGGCCAACAAUUACGGAGUUCAGCUGGUUCUCCAAAGUACAUCGGCGGCAGAAAGAACCAGAGCUCUGGAACUUAGAUUGCACAAAGACCAGCCUUAUCUCCACAACCGGUUCUUGCAGCAUGACCUUGAAAAAAACCAUCCUGGAAAACUAGCAGAUGGAAGAUUAAGUCCUUUGUCACGGAGCAAAAAAGCCUGCAUUCCCAUUGCAGCUAAUUUUGUCGAUAUCCCUAGCCUGGAAGUGAAAUACGGCCAGGGGUCUCUCACAGUCUCUGGAGACGGUUCGUUUCCAAAUCCUUUGAAGUACCGAGUUCAACAGGGCUGCCACAAUGUCAGUGCAAAUGGCCCAGACAAUAAUACUUAUGGGAUCACGGGAUUUCCUUUGGUGUACCGCUCGGCAGAAGAGAAAAUCCAGCUUUCGGACCGGAUGACCCUCGAAAGGCAGAAGCUGACCGUUUGCCCCAUCAUCGACGGGGAAGAGCACCUUCGUCUCUUAAGCUUCCAGCACAACUUCAUCACUCGAAUCCAGAACAUCUCCAAGUUGCAGCGCCUGAUUUUCUUAGACUUGUACGACAACCAGAUCGAAGAAAUCAGCGGCCUCUCCACCUUGAGAUGUCUCCGGGUUCUUUCGCUGGGAAAUAACAGAAUCAGGAGAAUUUCGAACCUGGAUAAUCUUGUGAACCUUGAUGUCUUGGAUCUUCAUGGCAAUCAGAUUUCUGUCAUAGAAAAUCUCAGUCACUUAAAGGAUCUCCGAAUGUUGAACCUUGCCCGGAAUGGCUUGACCCACGCCGAGAACCUCCGUGGGCUGGAUUCGUUGCUGGAACUCAACCUGCGCUACAACAAGAUCAGAUUGGUGAAAGAUGUGGACAGCCUGCCCAACCUGCAGCGUCUUUUCCUCAGCUUCAACAACAUCUCUUGCGUGGAAGACAUCCUGUGCCUGGCAGACUCGGCGUCCAUUUCAGAACUCACCCUAGAUGGCAACCCCAUAGCGCAGGAGGCAUGGUACAAGCCGACCGUUCUCCACCAUAUGAUGCAGCUCCGACAGCUGGAUAUGAAAAAAAUCACAGUAAGGAUCACGGGACACUUGGGAAGAGUUUCCAGCAGCCAAGCAGCCUUUUGAGGCCUCCGUUCAGCCUUCUUAGGGGAUCCUCGUCCUCAGAAAGAAAACCGGGAUAAACAUUCUCUUGCUUCCCCGCUCCCCCCCCC